AUGACUAAUCGCAUGCGAGAGGUGUUGGGUCACAUCAUUUCGGAUGAACAAGGUGUCUUUCUUCCAAAUUGUCUUAGUAUCGACAAUGCUCUUAUUAGGUUUAAAUGUAUCAAUGCUUUGAAGAAAAAAAAGAGAGGUGAUGGUUUCUGUGCUCUCAAACUUGAUAUGUUCAAAACAUAUGGUCGGAUCGAGUGGUGUUUCUUGGAGCAGAUGAUGGUGAAGCUCGGAUUUCAUGGUGUUUGGAUUUGUAAGAUUCUUGAUUGCAUCUCUUCUAAAGAGUACUCUAUUUUGUUGAAUGGUGAGGUCAUUGGCUCAAUCACUCCUCAACGUGGGCUUAGAUAA